AGCGUGUAGUGGAGAGCGAAAAGAACAAUGGAAGUGGCGUCUAGUCACGAAGCUCCCCCCCACGCGGGCGGACAGUUUUUAUUUUUUCCUGAGCGGCUGGCGGGGGUUAGAGAAAUCGAGGAAAGUGAAUUUUUCCCCCUCAGCCAAUCUGUUCUCCCCGUAGGCCAGAAUCCCAGGGAGCUAGAGCCGUCGUUGAGGCCGUCGGUGGUUUUGGGUGACAGGAAAAUGGCGGAAAACAAAACGUUGACGUGAAUAAUACUGCAGCGUCCCCUUGGCAUUUUUUUCUCCGCGCCCCCCCCCAAUAUCCCUUUCCCUCGCGUCCCCCCACCGCGUCGACCCCAUCCACCUCCUGCCUGCCGCUUGUGGUAACCUUUGGCGUGCACUAGGGAUGGCAGCAUUUGCAAGGAAGUGGCACCGAAGCAGGCAUUUCGGGGAAUAGAGCGGGGUAGAAGCGGUCUUAGCCGAGGUAGGGGGUGGGGAUAGGGAUGGCUGUGUGCAGCAACUGUCGCCUCCACUAAAACACCACCAUUUUAGUUCCCAGCAGUCUCCCAUGUAACAGGACGGAGCCAGCCAGAGGAGGCUUGAGGGGCUGAGCCGUACAGCACGGGGAGCAGCGGUGGCGACCGCUGCACCAAGUGAUGUGAGGGAGGAGGGGAAGGGGAUUCUUGUCUCCUAGGUGCUUCCUUCUCUUUGCGAAGGUUCCCUUGUUUGGUUUAAGAUGGGUGAUAAAUAUCUGAGAAGGUACAGAGGAUGUUUUCCCAAAGAAAGUAACGUAAUUCAGAAGAAAAAAUAGAAAUUGCAUGCAGAUUUUACUUUAUAAUAUGUAAGAAAAUCUACAGUUUCUUCAAGCCACCCAUAUAAAGGAAACAGUCAUGUUUCAUGAGUCCUCAAAACUGUGAGACAAGAAAAUGUAGUAGAGUGAGGCCAGAAGUGCUUACUGGUUCAAAGAACUCCGGGGAAACUGGGAUAGAACAUUUACAUUAUAAGUAGAACCCCAGGAGCCAAAGGUGAAUACAAGUUUAUCUGCAGAGGUCCGCAGCAGGGCUGAUCUGGGUCUGGAAGAAAUGGAUGCCAGCCACUGGAUGAAAUUCACUAAUUCUAGACAUCUGAGUCUUCUAGUAAUAUAUCUGUGAGUAAACUUUGCUAAGUAUGGACUCAGUUGGUGAAAGUCUUGGAAUGCACACAUCAGACGCUAGAAUGGCCCAUACCAUGAUUAUGCAAGAUUUUGUGGCUGGAAUGGCUGGUACUGCACAUAUCGAUGGAGACCAUAUUGUUGUUUCUGUUCCUGAAGCAGUAUUAGUUUCUGAUGUUGUCACAGAUGACGGGAUAACUCUUGAUCAUGGCCUUGCAGCUGAAGUUGUUCAUGGACCUGAUAUCAUUACAGAAACUGACGUAGUAACAGAAGGUGUCAUUGUUCCUGAAGCUGUGCUUGAAGCUGAUGUUGCCAUUGAAGAAGAUUUAGAGGAAGAUGAUGCAGACCACAUCUUGACCUCCAAACUAAUUACAGAAACUGUUAGGGUACCUGAGCAAGUAUUUGUGGCUGACCUUGUUACUGGUCCUGGUGGACACUUAGAACAUGUGGUCCAAGAUUGUGUUUCAGGAGUGGACUCUCCCACAAUGGUAUCAGAGGAGGUUCUUGUAACUAAUUCAGAUACAGAAACUGUGAUUCAAACAUCUGGGAAUGUUCCUGGUUCUACAGUUACUAUAAAAACUGAAGAUGACGAUGAUGAUGACGACGAGGAUGAUGAAGAUGAUGAAGAUGAUGGUGAGAAGAGCACUUCUGAAGACUACUUAAUGAUAUCUUUGGAUGAUGUUGGGGAGAAAUUAGAGCAUAUGGGGAACACACCAUUAAAAAUCAGCAGUGAUGGUUCACAAGAAGAUGUCAAAGAAGAUGGUUUUGGUUCAGAAGUAAUAAAAGUGUAUAUAUUUAAAGCAGAGGCGGAAGAUGAUGUUGAAAUAGGUGGAACAGAAAUUGUCACAGAGAGUGAGUACCCCAGUGGACAUACUGUAGCUGGAGUUCUUGACCAGAGCCGAAUGCAGCGGGAGAAGAUGGUUUACAUGGCAGUUAAAGAUUCUUCACAAGAAGAAGAUGAUAUCAGUUGCGCUGAAAUAGCAGAUGAAGUUUACAUGGAAGUCAUUGUAGGGGAAGAGGAAGGAACUUCUCUCCCUGAAAUUCAGCUUGAGAACUCUGAUGUUAAUAAAACAAUUGUCCCUGUUGUCUGGGCUGCGGCAUAUGGAGAUGAGAGAAGAGUUUCCCGAAGGUAUGAAGAUUGUCAAGCAUCAGGAAACCCUUUGGACUCGACAUUAGAAAACAGAAGUAGUACAGCAGCACAAUAUCUUCAAAUUUGUGAUAGCAUUAAUACAAAUAAAAUCCUUAAACAAAAAGCCAAGAAGAGGAGAAAGGGAGAAACAAGACAGUGGCAAACAGCUGUUAUAAUAGGUCCUGAUGGGCAACCCCUGACAGUAUACCCUUGCCAUAUUUGCACAAAAAAGUUUAAAUCCAGGGGAUUCUUAAAAAGGCACAUGAAGAAUCAUCCUGAUCAUUUGAUGAGAAAAAAAUAUCAGUGUACAGAUUGUGACUUUACAACUAACAAGAAAGUGAGUUUUCAUAACCACUUAGAAAGCCAUAAGCUUAUAAACAAAGUUGACAAAUCUCAUGAAUUUACAGAAUACACAAGAAGAUACAGAGAGGCUAGUCCACUGAGUUCAAAUAAACUUAUCUUAAGAGAUAAGGAGCCGAAGAUGCACAAAUGCAAAUAUUGUGACUAUGAAACUGCAGAACAAGGACUGUUGAACAGACAUUUACUGGCUGUUCACAGUAAGAAUUUUCCUCAUGUUUGUGUUGAGUGUGGGAAGGGUUUUCGACAUCCCUCUGAACUCAAGAAACAUAUGAGAACCCAUACUGGUGAGAAGCCAUAUCAAUGUCAGUAUUGUGUCUUCAGGUGUGCAGAUCAGUCUAAUCUGAAAACUCACAUUAAGUCUAAGCAUGGCAGUAAUUUGCCAUAUAAAUGUGAGCAUUGUCCCCAAGCAUUUGGUGAUGAAAGGGAGCUUCAGCGCCAUCUGGAUUUGUUUCAAGGACAUAAGACACACCAGUGUCCACAUUGUGAUCAUAAGAGCACCAAUUCAAGUGACCUUAAGCGGCACAUCAUAUCUGUCCAUACUAAGGAUUUCCCUCACAAAUGUGAGGUCUGUGAUAAAGGUUUCCACCGUCCAUCUGAGCUCAAAAAGCAUAGUGACAUUCAUAAGGGUAGGAAGAUUCAUCAGUGCAGGCAUUGUGACUUUAAAACAUCAGAUCCAUUUAUUCUUAGUGGUCAUAUCCUUUCAGUUCAUACUAAGGAUCAAUCAUUGAAGUGUAAAAGGUGCAAGAGAGGGUUCAGACAACAAAAUGAGCUCAAAAAGCAUAUGAAGACUCAUACUGGAAGGAAGAUUUACCAAUGUGAGUAUUGUGAAUACAGCACUACAGAUGCAUCUGGCUUUAAACGACAUGUAAUCUCAAUACAUACAAAAGACUAUCCACAUAGGUGUGAAUUCUGCAAGAAAGGAUUCCGUAGACCAUCAGAAAAAAAUCAGCAUAUUAUGAGGCACCACAAGGAGGCUCUUAUGUAAGAUAUAUAUUUUAAAAAGCUAUUUAGAAUAUAAGAUAUGGCACCUGGGAGGAAGACCUCACCAUUUCUUCUGGUUUCAAAACUUAGUAUUAAACCAUAACUUUACAUUCUUUGUAUUAAAGAUCUUAAAAUAUUUGAAUUGAUGGGGAAAUCUCAGCCCCUUGAAAGUUACUUAAAGAAUUUAAAAGCACCAUAGAAUGGUUGCAGACUUAAUUGUCUAUUUAAUACUAUUUUAUGCAUAAUUAAAAUACAGAGGAAAGGUAAAUACAAAUACCUUAAUUGGUUGAUCAUAAUUGAGACAAAUGUUUCUGAAAAGAGGAUUUUAGCAAUGCUUUGCUAUAACAAGUAAAGCCUCACUUUUAUGCAAUUUUAGAAACAGGGUGGGGAAAUAAAAUUCAUUAGUCACUUAGUCAUUGAGCCUUUUAUAUUGUAACUGGACAUUGAAUUCCAGAAAUGGCAAACGUUUUAUGUAUUUGUUAAAAGAAAUUUCACUGACAAACAGGUUAGUGUAAUUCAGUACUAUUAAAAAAAAGAAUUUCAGAGCUGCUAAUAUUUUAUCACAGGUAAGAUGUUUAAAGUAUAGAAUUCUGGGCUGAAAUUUGUGAUUGAAGUCCUAGGACUAAAGCUCCCUUUUUUCUGAUGUUCAAGUCGGUUGUUGUUCAGUAUUACAUAUAUGACAAGAGUAUAUUUGAGUCAAAUGUGGCUUUCUGAAGUGGAUGCAACUGUAGUGUUGCAAAUAAAAUCAGCACUAUAUUUCUUAAGAUUUCAAGAUUAAAUUGAGAGAACACAGUUUUCUUAAAUAUAAUGUUUGGAGAGUUUUUUAGGACAGUCUUAGCAAGUGUGAUUGUUCUAGUCUUAUUUGCUCUAAUGUUUAAAGGUGCAAUUUUAUGCCAUUAUUGAAAUUUUUGAUUUUUAAAAAUCUAUAUACCAUGUUAUUAACAUGCAUUUUCACUAUUAGGCAGUAUUUAUGCAGUAUUUAACAGAACAAUAUGCUGCCAAUAGAGUUUGGAGAUGGAUAUUCAGUUUACAGUGUAUAAAUUUAAAAUAUGCAUCCUUUUAACAACGCUUUGUGUUAGCAUGCUGCAAAUCAAAAUGGCGCUUAAUAUUAAAAGCUGGUUUAGGGAAACUUAAUGAAAAUCUUGUUCAUAAAUAUAAUGCACAUGAUGUGUACUUUUAAGUUUUAGUUGCUUCAUGUUUAUAUUCAGCUGUUCAACGUAAUUUUACUUCAUGCUAUAUUGUGGCUUUGUGUUUCAAAUAAUGUUCACCUUUCUGUUUUUGCACCAGAUAAGAAUCUGUUCCUUGAGAGUAAAUUUUUUUAUCUUUCCUAACUUCUGAAUAUUAAAUUUGGAAAAUCUAAUAAAAUUGUGUGUUAUGUGGCUGUAAAUGAUGUACACGCUGUAAAAUAAGAUUGUCACUGUUAUGUGGGAUUAUAAUUUCUCAAUGUUACUCAUUGAAAUGAGCAUACAAUAAAAAGCAUUUAUUGCACUUCAAGGUAUUACGAGUUUGUUUAAAGAUAUGUUGUAAUGUUCAUUGCUUAUUAA